GCAACACAUACAACAACGAAAUCGAUGACGUAUAACACAUUUCCGGUUGAAUUAUGUCCACCAACUCGGCACUGUUUACGUCGUGUUGUAAGCAUUAUGAUCCAGAUUUGUUAAUCAAAGAGAUUUUGGAUGUUGAAAGUUUGCCAACAAGUAAUAAGGAAAUAGAAGAUAUCGUUAGUUAUAACUGGAAGAUUGACACAAAGUACUAUACUGCUGAUAUAAAGUUAUGUACAACAAAGAAGCGGACAGUUGGAACUGCUGAGUUUGCUGAAAGUGUCCAGGCGGCAGUCAUAUAUUUUAAUGCAAGCCAGGCAGAAAGUUUUGAUUUAGCAAAAGCAUGGUUGCCAUACUUAGAAGAAAUAUCACCAGCAAUACAGUUACUUGUAUGCAGAAACAUUCCCCAGAGUCAAGCUACUCAUCGACACAAUGUACAGAAAUGGUGUUUAGACAAUGACUUUGAAUUAGUGGAGCUAGAACCAGAAGUGAGACAAGAUGAAGAUGAUGAUUUUCAGGAGACCACAGGAAUCAAAAGAAUUAUCCAGGCUCUUCAUGCCCAUAUGUGGCCAGACAUGGUUCUUAAGGAGAACCAUCACACAGUUAGUCCGUAUAUGAGGAAACUAAUGGAGGAGGAAUCUUUAUCAAAGAAAGAGCAAGAGUCAGAGGAUCCUUCCAAGGGGGAUAACUCUUCAUUAAAAACAGAUAGGAUGAAAGAUGGUUCUCUGGAAUCUGAUAAAUGUGAAAAAGAGACAAAUGGGCAGCUGGAAGAAAAAGCACACCUGACAGCAGGAAAAUCAGCAACUGUAGAUCCAGAUAAGGAAAAGGCAGCUACACAUUCUACAAAAGAGGAAAAUAAACUCUUAGGGGACCUACUCCCUGACGAUGACGUUGCCUUGAUGCAGGCUCUGUGUUCUGAGGAGGAGGAAGCAGAAUCAUUUGAACAACUUUUCUCCAAGUUUAGGCUCAUGAAAGAAAAAGCUGAGUCCCUACCACAGGAAAAGAAGAAAAAAUAUGCUGAAAAGGUUACCCUGGCAUUCUGGAAAGGCAUUGGUGGAGACGAGGAUGAGAUUGGUAUCCUUUCUGACCUUAGUGACUCUGAAAUGCCAUAAUGUCAUACAAAAGACGUAGAAAGUGGCAUAAACUUGUCCUGUACAUACCAAGAGAAUGCCGGCCAACGGGCUGAGUCCACUCUUCAUUGGCAUAGCAAUACAGAAAAAGAAGACUGUGAUAGACAUGGUCUAUUCCUGGAUUCGCCAUAAACUGAAACAUUAUUCAGUGAUAAAUGUAUCAACCACACAGUUUAACUUAACUAUUCAGAUUUGAGAUUUAAACAAACUGAUUCUGGAAUAUGAAAUGCUGAGAUUUCUGUUUUGUCAAUAUAAAUGUAUAUAUAUAUUGUUACGUUGACAAAGAUUGGUGCCUUGCUACUGUAUAUCAAUGAUUUAAUAAAAGAGAUAUAAUAAAACCCCAUGAACUUUAA